AUGGGCGACACGGAGAAGUCGUCUGCGCACGUCAAGGUCGAUCACGUCGAGGGCGAGGUGCCGCUCGAGCGCAACUUUUCCUUCUGGGCAUGUUUCGGCCUGGGCUUUGCGCUGCUGAAUAGCUGGACUGGUGGCCUAUCCGUCGUGCUCCCCUCCGGCGGAAGCAUAGCCAUGGUCUGGGGCCUCAUCGUCUCGGCGCUGGGCACGACCGCCAUGGCGCUGUCGCUCGCCGAGAUCUGCCACGUCCUCCCGCUCUCGGGCGGACAGUACGACUGGACAUAUGUCCUCGCGCCGGCGGGCAAGAAGAACGGCCUGUCCUUCUUCGUUGGCUGGAUGUCGGCCGCGGGGUGGACGUCGCUCACGGCCACCAACUCGUUCCUCUCGGCGCAGUUCGUCACUGGCCUUAUCGCCCUGUGGCAGCCCUCGUUCGAAGUCAAGGCGUGGCAGACGUUGCUAAUCUACCUCGCCUUCCUCGCCGCCGCAUACGUCCUCAACACGUUCUGUGUGCGCGCCCUGCCCCACAUGGACCACUUUGCGGGCUUCUGGAGCAUGGGCGGCAUUGUCGUCGUUGCCAUUGUCGUGCUGGCCUGCUCGUCGGGCAAGUUUAACGAGCCCAAGGCCGUCUUCGCGACCUUCACCAACGAGACCGGCUGGCCCGACGGCGUGGCCUUCCUCCUCGGCCUGCUCCAGUCGACCUUUGGCCUGACCGCCUUUGACGCAGUCACGCACAUGAUCGAGGAGAUGCCCCGCCCCAACAUCAACGCGCCAAAGGUCAUGAUCGUCGCCGUCAUCCUCGGCUCGGUCACCGCCUGGGUCUUCAUGAUCUGCAUCCUCUUCUGCAUCCGCGACUUCAACGCCGUCCUCACGGCCACUACCGGCCCCAUCCUCCAGAUCUACUACCAGGUCACGGCGAACCGCGUCGGCGCGACCUGUCUGCUCAUGUUCAACCUCCUCGGCAUGGCCUUUGCCGCCGAGAUUGUCAUGACCGUGUCCUCGCGCAUCAUCCUCACCUUUGCCCGUGACCGCGGCAUGGGCCACCUGUCCACCUGGCUCGCGCCCGUGCACCCCAAGCUCAAGGUGCCCGUCAUGUGCAUCAUCUUCGUGGUCAUCUGGGACAUUGCCUUUGGUCUCAUCAACCUCGGCUCCACCGCCGCCCUCAACGCCAUUCUCGGCUCCUCGGUCGUCUUCCUGCAGAUCAGCUACUUUAUUCCAAUUCUGCUUAUCUUCCUCCGCGGUGACCGCGCGUUCGAGGGCCACGAUGCCGAGGCGACCUACUCGCUUGGCCGCUGGCGUCGCCCGAUCAACCUCUUCGCGCUGUGCUUCCUCCUCGUCACGUCGGUCAUGUUUACGUUCCCGCCCGCGAUCCCUGUGACGGGCACGUCGAUGAGCUACGUGUCGGUCGUGCUCGGCAUCGCGCUGCUCCUGUGCGGCGUGACGUGGGUCGUCGACGGGCGAAAGCGCUUCAACGGCCCGGGCGAGCUCAUGACCCGUCUCGAGAUUAGCAAGAAUGCGUAGACAGAAGAGAGAGAUAGUUGUAGUAGACGAUGCAUUGUUAAUAUGG